UGAGAUCUGUGAUGACCAGUAGACUCUGGAAGUGAGCUGCAAUAGCCAGGCAGAUCACUGUCCAAAUAAAGACUACGCCGUAAAUACAAGUCCUAAAGAUGUUAAAUUUUGAUGGCAUCGCUUUCCCCGUGAAUAUUCUUGAGAUAGUAGAGAGUGUAGGGAGUCGCUUGUGACGGGACGUUUGGCGUUCCCGAGUAUAGUGAUGCUGAGGAGGCUGGUUAUGCAGCUGCUGGCGGGUGGAUUGAUGUUGGCAAUUCAGGGGAAGUGGACGUGCGGGCCUCAUGAUAUAGUACGGAAAGUAUGCGUACACGAGGUGGAGGGGCGUUUGAUUCUCGUAAAUCUAACUUGUGACGGCGUGGCGUGUACCGUGCAAUUCAAGGCGUGGCAGACCUCAACGAUCAGGAAUCCGGGGGAAACACGAGUCGUGCGUCCGCUCAAACGCAGCAGGAAAGUCAGGCAUUCUUUUAACGACUGAAAAAUUUCGGCCUUCUAAGCAAUAUUGUGGAAGACAGGUACUAAUCCGCGUAAACGCCUCGAGGCAGAUCACUUGAC